CAUUGAUCAUCUGUACAGACACAGUAGAAGGGAAAAGUGGCUGCAGAAGACAGCAAUUUAUUUUAUUUUGCAAUGUUGUAGGGUUUAGUAGACUGUAAUAUCUGGAUGUAAGAGGGUAUAUUCUAUCUGGCAUGAGCCAGAGACAGGAGCUCGCCUAUGGCAGACCAACCUGAGUUUCAGCCUGGGGGGUCGCAUAGACGCAAUCAACGACACACGUCAGGGACAGACAACAAACCUCCUGAUAGUUCAAAGGUCAAAGACCAAGCACAAUUGCCGCAGUCUGCAACUGAAAAGAAAAACAACAGAAAAAGAAGUGCCUCGUGUUCAAAGGACACAGGUCAGCAGUGUACUAAUAGCAAAGUUAUAGCACCUAACAACAAGGUCACUGUGCCUAGCAACAAGGUCACUGUGCCUAGCAACAAGAUCACUACUCUGAGCAACAAGGUCUCUACUCCCAGCCACAAGGUCACAGUCCCAAGCAAAGAUUUGUUUGAUUGGAACACUAGUGCUUCAUCACAUAAGCCAAGUUCAUCAAAGAAAAAGAAAAAAACUGCUAAAAAGGAAAAGAGAAAGACAGCAUCAGUUCCGGAAGUGAAAGGCAUUGCUACUUCCCAGGUAGAGGAAAAAGGGAAAAAAUCGUUGUCUAAAACUAUUGCUGGAAUUGUUGGUAAAGGGGUAAAGCUUGUUAAUUUAUCUCAUUCUUCUGAAGCUAUAAAGAAACUUCAGAGGACUGAAACCACAGUAACUAGCAAUACCAGCAUAUCAAACAUUGUCAAGGAACCUGAUCUUCCAGAUCCUGAUUUAGAGACAUAUACAAUAUCUAAGAAUCUCCGGUCAAAUUCAAACGCGUCUAUAAUCCAGGGAAUUCCCUACUACACAACUUUCAACAAGUGGAGUAGUAGUAAAAAAGAGUGUGUCAAAUCAUCCACAAGGAGUUCAAUUUCGUCACUACAUACAGACAAUAGUGUGGUGAAUAUAGAUAUCCUAGGAAAGUCCUUCUCGUCCGAAAGUGACAAACAGGCAGACAGGAGCAUUUCCCAGGUUCAAUCAAGCUCCCAUAGUGUGAGCUUGCAACCUUCCAUACCAAAAAAAGCAAAAAUAGAAGAACUGAACACACGCAGAGGGAAAGGCAGUACAAGUCGAGAACGUAAAGACAGUGCCCUGCAAUCCCCACCUACUGUCGACAACCAGUCGCCGGGGCUUGACGGCUUACGGCGGACCAGACGCACUAGGAAAACGGGAUCUUGUGCCAGUAGCAGUGGUCGACGUUCCUCAUCAUUGUCCAAACGCCAAGGAGGCUCAACAUCACGCCCAGGACCACCGGUUGGCACUGACAGUGGUACUAGCCACACUAGAGGGACGUCCAAACCACAUUCCAGCACGAUGUCCGACCCAACAGACCACAGUGGAAGUGGUGCCAGACCACGUAACACUGAGGAGGGGGCACAGCCACCUGCAGCGGCUUCCAGUUCUGGCGGCGCCACAGCAGUUACUUCUGAGAGUGAGAGUGAGGAAGCUGAUAUGGGCAGACUUCAAGCGCUUCUUGAGGCCCGCGGCCUUCCCUCCCAGCUGUUUGGGGCACUUGGUCCCAGAAUGCACCAGCUCUUGCACAGGACAAUGGGAGGAGGCAACAUCAGCAAAGCUCAGCAGUUAAUACAAGGCCUGCAGUCUACAGGAAACGAGGACCAGCAGCUCACCUCUGCCAUUGAGAUGUGCCAGUUACUGGUGAUGGGAAAUGAGGACACUCUAGCAGGAUUCCCAGUGAAACAGGCUGUACCAGCCCUGAUCACACUCCUACAAAUGGAGCAUAACUUCGACAUGAUGAACCAUGCCUGUCGCGCUCUAACCUAUAUGAUGGAAGCUCUACCCCGAUCUUCCGCAGUCGUUGUUGAUGCAGUGCCAGUCUUCCUCGAAAAGUUACGAGCUAUCCAGUGUAUGGAUGUAGCAGAACAGUCUCUGACGGCUCUCGAAAUGUUGUCACGGCGACACAGCAAGGCUAUCCUGCAGGCUGGAGGAAUAUCGGCAUGUCUGACAUUCCUCGAUUUCUUCAGUAUGUCAGCACAGAGGAGUGCUUUGGGUAUCACAGCUAACUGUGUACAGAACUUAAGUCCUGAAGAGUUUCACCUUAUCCGGGAAUCCUUCCCUCUGCUCAGUGCACGUCUAACACAUCAGGAUAAGAAGUCGGUUGAAAGCUGUUGCUUGUGUUUCUCCCGCUUGGUGGACAACUUUCAAGGUGACCAGAGGAUCCUGAAGGAGAUAGCUGUACAUGGACUUCUCACUAACAUACAACAACUGUUGGUGGUCAGCCCGCCAGUGGUCAGUACCGGGACGUUUGUUAUGGUAGUACGUAUGCUGUCCGUGAUGUGUGCCAGCUGUCCUGACCUGGCUGUCCUCCUUCUCAAACAAAAAAUCGCAGACACCCUAUGUUAUCUCCUAGUGGGAACAUCUGAACAAGCCAGUCCAAGUAUAGAGCUUGUUUCCAGAACCCCACAGGAGUUGUAUGAAAUAGUCUGUCUCAUUGGUGAGCUUAUGCCCAAGCUACCAACAGACGGGAUAUUCUCAAUUGACACAAUGCUGCGUAAGGGUUCCACAGGCCAGCUGGAGGCGAUCACUUGGCAGUGGCGGGAUGACCGCGGUAUCUGGCACCCUUACACACCCAUCGAUAGCAAGAUUGUAGAGGCUGCCCACCUGGCCAGUGAGGAUGAGGUAAGCCUGUCCACUAUGGGACGAGCCUACACGUUGGACUUCAAUUCUAUGCAACAGAUAAAUGAGGAUACCGGCACAGCGCGGCCAGUUCAGAGGAAGGUCAAUCCUUUUGUACCUGGUGCACCACAGGCGUCUGCCACCUCUCUGACCUCUUCCUCAUCGUCCUCUGUAUCCUCUGUGUCCUCCCUGUCGUCGGACCCUAACAUUGAGCGGUGCGACUCCAGAGCAGAGAUAAUGAAAGAAGACAUGUCCCUGGCCUCAGCCUUUAUCCAGACACUGUUUGCUGUUCUGUAUGAGGUAUACAGUUCCUCAGCUGGUCCUACAGUGAGACACAAGUGUCUGCAGACAUUGCUGAGGAUGAUCUUCUAUGCUGAUGCUGACUUACUGAAAGAAAUCCUCAAAACUCAACCUGUCUCUAGCCAUAUAGCGGCCAUGAUGGCCUCCCAGGAUCUGAAGGUGGUGGUAGGGGCCAUUCAGAUGGCCGACAUCCUAAUGCAGAAAUUGGCUGACAUCUUCAGUGUAUUUUUUAGAAGAGAAGGUGUGAUGCAUCAGAUUAAGAAGUUGGCCGAGUCUGACCCCACGGCUGUGUCGCCAGUGAAGCCUCCCUGCCCCCCAGAGGACCAACACCCAGUGGCAGGGUCAGUCUCCAGCUCACUCAGUAGUUUGAGCAGCUCCAGCACAAUGGGAUCGGGUAGCAGUAUUUCUCACAGUUCUGAGUCCCUAGGGGGUCGGGAUGCCAGUAUGGGGUCCCGAGAACUGGGAGGGGCCUCUAUCCCCACCCUCGGGGAAGACCAGCACAGUAGUCCAACACAAAUGCGACUUAGUGAUGUGCUGAAAAGAAAGAAACCCCCUAAGCGGUCCCUUGGACGCAAGGGACGCAACUCUGCUGAGGAACUUCCGACAGAUCUGGCUACCAAGACCACCACCCCUACAUCAAGUCGGGGCUCUAGUAGGACGAAAGCUGCCAGUAAUUUCAUUUUCAAAAGUAAAGAAGGAAAGUCCAGUGGGGCAAGUUCCAAGAUGUCCUUCCUGCCGAGCCUGAAUCCUCGCAGCUGGGGCAAGAGUUCCAACAGCUCGGACCGACCUGCACUUCCCAAGGGUGGCCUAGCAAAGGCAGGACAGCCAAGAGUAUUGGCUAAUCUUGCAAGAAAUGAUUUGAGUGUCCAGAAACAGAUGAGCAUUUCUAGUUCCGGUAACAAAGAAAAGGUGAAGACCUGGAUCAAGGAACAAGCAAUUCGGUUCCUUGAUCAGUACUUCAACUCCGAAAGCCAGGGAAGCAGCCACCCAGCACUUAAUGUCUUAAACCGAUUGUGUUCUGCAACAGAAAACCUGUCCGCUGAGGAGGAUUCAGGUAUCGACUGCUUGAAGGCUAUAGCUCAGAUCAUGAAGGAGAAUGACGUAUCUCCAUUUGAAAUCAUCCACAGUGGACUUGUACAAAAGUUCCUUCAGUAUCUCACCUCCACCACAGGAGAGGUCCCUCGGGAUGUUAGGAUCAGACGCUUCCUGCAUGUCUUCCUCAACUGUCCAGCACCUGAUGUGCUGUAUGUGAAGGAGACUAGCUUUAACCUAGAAACCAUUCCCUCAUUGUGUGCUCUAGUCAGCAAGUUGAUAGGAUGUCUUCAUCAACUUGAACAGUUUCAGGUCAAAGUUCAUGAUCUGCCAGGGGGAAGUACAUCUAGUGGCCGAGGGUCAAAUGCCCUUCGCUUCUUCAACACACACCAACUAAAGUGUAAUCUACAGCGCCAUCCCUCCUGUACGUCUCUAAGACAGUGGAAGGGUGGGCCGGUGAAGAUUGAUCCACUUGCCCUAGUCCAGGCCAUCGAGAGAUAUUUAGUCAUUCGUGGCUAUGGCAGGUUAAAACCGGAUGGAGAAGAUGAUGUCAGUGAUGAUGACAACUCAGAUGAUGAUGUUGAUGAUACAAUGGCAGCCGUGUUCAUCAGCCAGGGUACAGCUCGACACAAGCUGGAGUUUCUGAUUGGAGAGCGAGCCCUACCUUAUAACAUGACAGUGUACCAGGCCAUCAAGAACUACAGUAACCCCGGGGAGAAGGACAGCAGUGAGACAGACACUGACACAGAAAACCCUGUUGGCCAUGCCAGCAUCUGGGUGCAGACACACACCAUCUGGUAUCGCCAGGCAACAGAGCAAGAGGAAGGGAUGGCAACCAGUCCAAAGAAAACCCGGCCUGAAAUCAAGGGUCCAAAGACCUCUAACAGAAAGAAGGUGGAUGAGCUGUGGACAGAAGGCCACUGUCCAAUGAUGGUUCCUGCGUUGAAUGCCUACCUCACAGACAAGCUGCCCGCGUUUGUAACGGUCACAGAUGCAUCGGUAGACGUCAUUGCCCUGUUGCGUAUUCUCCAUGCGUUUAACCGAUACUGGUCCACCAUGUAUGAGGUGAUGUUCUCCACUAAGCCUAUCCUGCCCUUCACCGAUUUUCUUAGCUCUAAGCUCACAGCCAAAGCCAACCGCCAGCUGCAGGACCCUCUUGUUAUCAUGACGGGAAAUCUACCAUGCUGGCUCGCAGAAAUAGCUGCUGCAGCGCCGUUCCUGUUCCCGUUUGAGACAAGACAGCUGUUGUUCUAUGCCACGACGUUUGACCGUGAUCGAGCACUGAUGCGUCUGCAAGACAAUUCUGGAGAUACCAGUACAAAUGACAGCAGUGAACGUGUGGCACCUAGACUUGACCGUAGACGGCGGCUGGUUACUAGAACAGAUCUUCUGAAGCAAGCUGACAAGGUGAUGGAGGACCUUGGGAACUCCAGAGCUCUGCUGGAGAUACAGUAUGAAAACGAGGUGGGUACUGGUUUGGGUCCGACCCUGGAGUUUUAUGCUCUCGUGUCCAAAGAGCUACAGAAGGGAGAAUACGAGAUGUGGCGUGGUGAGGUGGUCAAGGAUGUGGACAGCGAAGGACAAGAAACGGGUGAGGAAUACUACCACGCUGACUGUGGACUUUUCACUCUUCCUCUCGCUCGAAAUGCAAAGGCUGCAGUGGUCACCAAGUUAAAAAAUAAGUUCAAGCUUCUCGGCAAGUUCAUGGCCAAAGCCAUGAUGGACUCUAGAAUGCUUGACAUUCCGCUGAGCCUGGUUUUUUACAAAUGGAUGCUGGGACAGGAGCACAGCCUCACUUCAAGUGACCUCCAGUUUGUGGAUCCUGUGGUUGCCAAGUCUUUCCGACAACUUGAAGAUGUUGUUCGUCAAAAACAACGUAUCCUAGCUGACAAAUCUCAUACGAAGGAGAGUCGACAGCUUGCCCUUGACAAUGUGACGAUGGAAGGCUGCAGUAUAGAGGAUCUCGCCCUUGAUCUCACACUUCCAGGGGCCGCUAACAUCGAGUUGAAGAAGGGUGGCAAGGACAUUCCUGUUACCCUGGAUAAUCUGGAGGAAUAUUUACAGUUGGUGGUACAUUGGAGUCUGGUAGAGAGUGUGUCCAGGCAGUUUGAAGCCUUCAGAGAGGGAUUCGAGUCCAUCUUCCCACUAAGUACACUGCAGAGCUUCUAUCCUGAGGAGCUGGAACAGCUGUUCUGUGGGAACGCCACAGACACAUGGGAUGUGAAGAUGCUGAUGGAAAGCUGCCGUUCUGACCACGGAUACACCCAUGAUAGUCGUGCUGUCAAGUUCCUGUUUGAGCUGCUCAGCUCAUAUGAUGGGGUAGAACAGAGGAAGUUCCUCCAGUUUGUGACAGGAUCUCCUCGUCUUCCUGUUGGAGGAUUCAGGAGUUUAAAUCCACCUCUCACUGUAGUUAGAAAGACAUUUGAAGCUUCAGAAAAUGCAGACAAUUUCUUGCCCUCUGUGAUGACGUGUGUGAACUAUUUAAAAUUACCAGACUAUUCCUCUGUAGAGGUCAUGCGCGAGAAACUCUAUCUGGCCACAAAGGAGGGUCAGUUGUCCUUCCAUCUGUCCUAACACUGUCCUUCAUUAAGUAUGGUAUAAGGAAAAUAGACUACAGAAGGCAAUUUAUUGGGAUAUAUGUUGUCCUAACAGUCCUGCUUAAGGCAGGAUUACGCUUUAUAUUGGUUCCGACACAGUCUCGCAGGAGAUGGGAUAUUAAGAUAAUUAAUGGCCCUAACAAAGUCCUACCGGAUACAUGAUGUAUUUGUUAGUCCUAAUAAUAUUAAAGGAGGCGGGAUAUCUGGAGAAGCAUCAGCUCUGACAACUCUUCUUCUGGAUACAGGAUUGGUCCUAACAGUCCUACAUGAGGCAAGAUCUUCAGUAGAUAUAGGACCUAAGACACCUACAAGAGAUGAGAUGUAUUUUUGGUCCUAACAAUCUUACAAGAUGAAGGAUAUUUUGAUAAAUAUCUGCGCAUUAACACUGUCCUACCUACAUCCUAGAGAAUGUACCUAAGUCCUGACAGUUCUUCAAGUGGGAGGAUCUUAAGAUAAAUAUUGAUCUGAACAGAACUACAGGACACCAGACACAGGACACAUAUAUCAGCUCCAACAUUGUCCCCAGGAGACAGGAAAUAGGGGAAAAUACUGAUCCUAACAACCCGACAGACGGGAUGUUUAAGCUGAAAUAUUGUUUCAGUCUUGCAAAGAACACCGUAUUUAGAUAAAUGUUGAAUUUAACACUCCAACCCAAUACUUGAUAGUUAGAUAAAGUCCUAUACAAGGUAUUCAGAUAAAUGCUGGUUCCAACAGACCUGGUGGCAGAACAAGGGAUGCAUUUGUUCCGAUCUCUGGUAUGUAAUGGAAGAAUUUAAUUAAUAUUUCCAGACAUCUGUUGCCAAGUUUCCAAGGAAGGAUAUUAAGGAUGCAGAUUCCAUUGAUGUGCUGUGGAAUCUUUAUAAUUUAAGGGCAGAUGAAUGUUGCCGCUAAAAGGAUCUCUAAUUCAAGAGCAGAUUACUCAAAUGCUGUCAGUAGGAUGAUCUUUUUCAAGGGCAGAUAACUCUCCUGAAGCCAUCCCAUAAACAGGUUGCAAGAAAGAAUCAAGCAGGCCUGCUUUUUGCGAUUGUGAUUUGAAAGGAAGGAUUGAAGCCUGUGGGUUUUUUUGUUGAUUUUUUUUUUACAAUUGUGAUUUGCGAAAAAAAUGUGGGCUUGGAUCAAGCCCACUUUUUUUUUAUAAUGAUUUACAAGAAGGAAAUGCGUGACAAUGCUGUGUAGGACAUCAAUUUUUCUAAGGCUGAAAAAACUACUAUUUUUGGCCAUGAUGAUGUACUGGUAUGUAAAAUAACAGUUGAUAACACUAUGCUUCAUUUUAGUGUAAUUUAAGAGGUGUAUGACCUUGACAUUCAGGGUCUACGAUGUUGACUUUAUAUCAAAGAUCUGGAGAUUGAUGUGUGUGAUGAAUCUUAAAUUUCAAUGCAAAACACAAUGAACAAUAAAUAAUGAACUCCCCACCCUAAUACACAGAGCGGUCCACUGUCAUACCCACCCUCAAGCUGACAGAACUUGGCUUUAUGAGUUUGAGUGAAUAGUGCAUUUCUUUAAUUAUCAUUUUGUGCGUCAUAUGUAGAAGUUGUAUUGUGGCAUUUAUAAUUAUGUAUGAACUUAUGUUAUGGACAUAAAGGUGGAAGAGAGUCCCAUCACUUUUUUUUACUAUAUUUAUAUUAUUUCCUUCUUAUUCAUGCAAAAGAAAAUGAGAGUUUUACGGUGCAGGCCUUUUCAGGAAGCUAGAAAACAUUUUUCUCCCAAAGCCAUUGGGUAAACCUACUUAGUUUAUAGCUAUUUUCUUCGAUACUUGCACUACUUUUAUCUGUUAAUAACAAAUACUGGUAUGACAGUGUUAAGUGAAAAGUUCACUGUUCAAUGUUUUGUCUCAACAUGCACACAUGGUAUCAUUUUCUCAAAGUCACUCACUGUAAACUAUGAAGUAAAAAUUACGAUAUGUAGCAAAUGUUUUCAUCAUGAUAAUGAUAUAUCCUCAUAGAAAUAACCUCAUUUUGUGUUUAAAAAUAUGGUUAAUACUUAUUUUAAGUUACCUUACAUAAAAAACAAAUGAUGGAGAAGGUCAUUGAAAUGUAGCAGGUGACUUGAUGAAAUUUUAUUAAUUAUUUUAAUAUGAAUCUUUCAUUGUUUUGGUUACAGCUGAAAUAGUACAUUUUGAACAUGAAGCAGUUUCCAAUAACUAUAUAGCUGGAUGUUACUGCACAUUUACUACUACAGAAGAGCCCAUAUGUCUUAGCUAGUAUUAGCUAUUUAACUCUUUCACCCCUGAAGACACAUUUGAACUCCUCAAAUUCAAAGGUUGGAAUAGUUCAUUAUGAAAUUUCAGGGGUGAAUGAGUUAAUGCAUUACAGUAAGUCGAAUUAUCAAAUUGAAUUUUUUGAAAGUUGUUAGCAGAAUAUACAAGUAUUUUGUGUGUGUUUUGUCGGAUGGUUAUGAUUUUUGAAUCUGUGGAAAAGUAUGUUAAGUAAUCUGCUUGACUUCUUAUGAAAAUAUCAUAAACAAAGUGUAUUAAUCAGUGUUGUAAACUUUAAGUUCAGAAAUGUGGGAUCUGCUACAGAUGCCAUUUACAAGGAGUGAGAGAUGAUAUGUUUGUCAGGCCCUUACUGACCAUGUCCAACAUUAUUGCCAUGUAUAGCAAUGCUGUGUGAAAUGGAUUGUGAUACUUUUUUUGUUUCAGUUACCGGGGUAAUAUAUAUAAUUAAUAUAUUGUAUAGAAUAUCAUUUUUGUUUGUAACUGAACACAGUGUGGUAUACCUUUCUCUAUACUGCCAAUUCUGUUAAUUUGUUUGAAUUGUGUUAUAUUAACUAAAGGAAGAACUUUCUAUAUAUAUACAUGUAUGUAUUUGAUUAUAUAUGGGUCAAUGCUAUUGAUUUGUUUGUAGCGUCUUUAAGUCAUUCACCCCUGAAAUUUCACAAUGGUCUAUUCCAACCUUUGAAUUGGAAUAGUUCAAAUGUGUCUUCAGGGGUGAAGGAGUUAAUAUUUUAUUUGUACGAUGCUAGUGCAUCAGUUUGAUUUAAACUUUGUGUAUUAGAACUUGAUCUUUUAACUUCGAAAUAUCAAUUAUACAGAUGAAUAAAUCUUAAUAAUGUGGCAGAAUAGCAUGGAAAUUAUUUAUGAAUUAUAUUGCAAAAUUAUCCUUGCAUACAAGUGAAGGAGCUGUUUGCUUAAGUUGAAUUAAUGAGUUUUCUUGUACUGCAGUUGGUCUGUCUUGUUUUGAGUCAAAUUGAUAUACUUACAAGUUUCAGAAGUUGCAGGCAAGGUCACUGUACUUCUUGAACUGAAAAGAAUUUUCAAAGUUCAAAACUAUAAAGUUUCAGAUUGGUAUGACAUGAAAAUAAAAGAACACAUUUUUCAUCUGUAUUUUUUACCUGGGAGUUUUAUAAGAUACAAUGAUCACCGACGAUAAACCCCUAGAACAUUUGUGGGAAAACCCAAACAUUCAUUAUCACCAAGUUAUCUACAUCUGGUUUGAGUACCUUUUUGGUGAUUUUUAUUUAAUGUUUGAAUCGCUUCAAUUUUACAGGUCCUAAUUGUUAAUUUGUUAGACUUUCAUCUUGAGUAGGGUUACGAGAUAAAGACAGAAACUGCUACAGGAUGGUUGUGAACUAGACACGGAUGAAAAGUGAUGGGAAAUUUUAUUUUAAUAAAUAUAACUUACGAAUAAAAAUAUUAGAGAUGUAUGUAUCCCAUUGACAUGGUUACAUGAACUGUCUUUGGCGUAAAAUAUUUGAUAAUGCAGUAUGACAAUGUUUCGAUUCAACAUUUUCCGAGAUGCUAGUAAUUAUUGCGCGGACUUUUACCUGAUAUCAUUUACAAUGAGUUGAUGAGUGAGAUGUUGUGGUAGUUUUCUGUUUGUUGAUGAUUAUGGUGAUGAUGAUUGUGUGAAAGUGAACAGAAAUGUCAACAAAGAGAAAAGAAAUAAAGGUUUCACAACAGUC